UCCAGAGAAAACCUAUUUUAGAUUUGUUUGAUGUUGAAACUUUCAUUUAAUUUAUCGUGGUCAUCUUCGACUUCUAAAUUAACUGCAUGAUGAAUCGAAACAAUUUACCAUAUAAUUGUUAUGAAUUAAAAAAGAUAGAUUUUCCUUUAUCAAUUUUCUGGUGGUAACAAAAGAAAUAUAAAAUGAGUGCGUAUAGCUAAAUUUUCGUUAUAGCAAAUUAAUGGACAAUGUUAAGAGUACCAUUUGGGGUUUCACAAUUUUCACUGACAUUUUUCUCCAAUAGAACUUUCUUCAGUUUGAACAAAUUCAUAUAUAAUCAACAAUUAUUCUCUAUUUUCACUUCUAUAAACCAGGAAAGAACACUGUGCAAUUUGUUUAGUUAUGAUACUCAGUCUCUUAUUUCUGCUGUAAGUUCCAGUUCUUCAAUAUCAUCUUGCAAAACAUUUCAUGCCCGUAUAUUUAAGUCCUUGAAUUACGAAGAUGGGUUCAUUGGUGACCGUUUGGUUUCUGUGUAUACAAAACUGGGGUUCUUUGAGUAUGCAUGGAAUUUGUUUGAUGAAAUGCCAAAGAAGGAUUUGGUUUCCUGGAAUUCUUUGAUUUCUGGUUUUUCGCGGAAAGGCGAAUUGAAUUAUUGCUUAAAUUCAUUCCAUAGAAUGAGAUUUGAAAUGGGUUUAGAACCAAAUGAAGUGAGUUUGAUUUGUAUUAUUUCAGCUUGUACUGAAAGGGCUGCCUUUUGUGAAGGGAAUUAUAUCCACGGAUUAGCAAUCAAAACAGGUUUGAUAGUUGAAAUUAAGGUGGUUAAUUCACUCAUCAAUAUGUAUGGGAAGUUGGGUUAUCUAGACAUGGCGAGGCAAUUAUUUGAUGCCAUGCCAAAGCCAAAUCUAGUUUCUUGGAACUCAAUUAUAAUUGUUUUAGUUCAACAUGGCGUGUUCAAUGAAGCAUUGGAAGUUUUUAAAGUAAUGAGACGGAUUGAUGUUAAGCCAGAUCAGGCUACUAUGGUGAGUUUGCUUCAAGGUUGUGGGGAUAUUGGUGUCAUGAAGUUAGCUGAAGUAAUCCACGGGUAUAUGCUAAGUGCUGGUCUCGAUGAGAAUAUUACCAUUGCUACUUCCGUCUUGAGUGUUUAUGCCAAGUCAGGGAGAUUGGAUGCUUCGUGUGCGCUUUUUAGAGAGAUGAAAAAUCCAGAUAGGAUUGCAUGGACUGCCAUGAUUGGAGGCUAUGCUAUGCAUGGUUAUGGUAGAGAAGCAAUUAUGUGUUUUGAUGAAUUGAUUAAGAUAGGUAUGAAGCCCGAUCAUGUUACAUUCACACAUUUGCUUAGUGCUUGCAGUCACUCGGGGCUUGUAAAGGAGGGGAAGAGAUACUUUGAGAUCAUGUCUAGUGUUUAUGGGGUCGAACCGAGGCUGGAUCAUUAUUCGUGUAUGGUAGAUCUCUUAGGUCGGUCAGCAUGCUUGAAAGAUGCGUAUGAAUUGAUUAAGAGGAUGCCUAUGGAACCAAAUCAUGGUGUUUGGGGGGCUCUUCUUAAUGCAUGUAGGAUUAAUAAAAAUGUUGAGCUUGGAAAGGAAGUAGCCGAGAGACUGUUCACCUUAGACCCUUCUGAUCGGAGGAAUUAUGUUAUGCUAUCAAGUAUAUAUGCUGCAGCUAGACAGUGGAAGGAUGCUUCAAAGGUAAGGGCUCUAAUGAAGGAAAGAGAAGUUGCUAGAACCCCAGGAUGCAGUUUUAUUGAACACAGAAACAUGAUCCAUGGGUUUGUCGUGGGUGAUCGAUCACACCCUGAGAUAAGUAGAAUAUACAUAAAGUUGGAAGAACUUAUUAGGAAAAUUCAGAAUGUUGGCUACAAGCCCAAUACAGAAUACGUUCUACAUGAUGUUGACGAUGGUGUAAAAGAGGAUAUGGUUAAGAACCACAGUGAGAAGUUGGCCAUAGCAUUUGGUCUUUUAGUCACAGAAGAAGGCUUGCCUCUGGUGAUAACUAAGAACCUGAGGAUCUGUGGAGAUUGCCAUAACAUGGCAAAGUUUGUAUCACUGACUGAGGAUCGUGUCAUAAUAAUUCGAGACGUAAAACGAUUCCACCAUUUUGCUGGUGGGUUAUGCUCUUGUGGAGAUUAUUGGUAAAUAUUUCCUUGUUCUUUUCUUUGUAUGUUGAUUUCAUAUUAUCAUUGAUUCUGAGUAACAAUCCUUAUUAAUCUUCACUUGACAUCUCAACUUCAA